AUGGCCUUGGAUCAGUGGUCUUUCCUCCUAACGCCCCCCAACGUCUCCUACCCCGAGCCUCUCCUGGAUGACGGCUUCACCAAGGAGAAUGAGUCAGACCUGGGCCUCAAUAUCACAGAGACCAGGGAGCGUCACCAGGACAAGACCAGCUCCGUCGUCAUCACCCUCAUCUACUUCGCCGUCUGUGCAGUGGGGCUGUGCGGCAACACCUUGGUGAUCUAUGUCAUCUUGCGCUACGCCAAAAUGAAGACGGUGACCAACAUCUACAUCCUGAACCUGGCAGUGGCAGACGUUCUGUGCAUGAUGAGCCUGCCGUUCAUCGCCCUGCAGCUGGCGCUGGUGCGCUGGCCUUUUGGAGAGGUGCUGUGCAGGAUCAUCAUGACUGUGGACUCUCUCAAUCAGUUCACCAGCAUCUUCAGUCUCAUGGUGAUGAGCAUUGAUCGGUACCUGGCUGUGGUCCACCCUAUUAAAUCCACUAAAUGGCGGAAGCCUCUCAUAGCCAAGCUAAUCAGCCUGACAGUGUGGGGCGUGUCGCUGUUAGUCAUCCUGCCAACUAUGAUCUUCAGUGGCCUGGACAAGGUGCCGGUCUGUGGGAUCUUGUGGCCAGAGCCCCAGGACGUCUACUACAAAGCCUUCAUAUUCUACACCUUCCUGGUUGGAUUCUUUCUGCCUCUGACGGUGAUCUGUCUGUGCUACCUGCUCAUUAUAGUCAAGGUGAAGUCUUCUGGCCUGCGAGUAGGUUCCACCAAGCGCAAGCAUUCAGAGCGCAAGGUGACCCGGAUGGUUUCCAUCGUGGUGGUGGUGUUCGUCCUCUGCUGGCUGCCUUUCUACCUUUUCAACGUUACCUCGGUCACCAGCUCCAUUGACGCCACCUCUGCCGUGAAGAGCACCUUCGACUUUGUGGUGGUGCUGGGCUACACCAACAGCUGCGCCAACCCCAUCCUGUACGCCUUCCUGUCGGAUAACUUCAAGAAGAGCUUUCAGAACGUCCUGUCCCUGAAGAAGGUGGCGGGUCUGGAUGAGAUCGAGCGCAGUGACAGCAGGGCGGACAGGAGCAGGAUGGUGAAUGAUGCAGCCGUCACCAACGCCAACCUGGAGACUCACAAUGCUGCCUUGCUGAACGGGGAGCUACAGACCAGCAUCUGACUGUGACCCCCGUCACAGACAGCAGUGAUGCUGAGGGCUUUGAUUUGGCCCUGGUGACCCAUGUUACAUGUGUGGAGUCAGAGGCAUGAUGUAACAGCUGCUGCUCAUGAACGCUGACACGUGAACAAAGUCCAAUCCAUCAAGAGUGUUUUCAAAGGUUAGGCAAGGUACACUGAUAUUUAAGUUAUUGAGCCAGCUUGAACUUGUGAGUCCAAGAAAAAUCUCUGUAGUGAUGUUGAAAUCAAAUAAAUACCUAAACAUGUUCAUGCUGUUCUGCUUGAGGUUUUUAUGGAGUUGUUAAAAGUGGUGCAGCUUUGUUUGGUCUCGUGCAGCAUGGCUCUGCUCUCAUCGACUUCUGAAAAACAGAUAUUCUUCUUCUCUUUCUCCAACAGACAUCUCUGCAGAGGAUUGAUCAUAAACUCUAUCAUGAAAUACAGAUUAUUGAUCAAGUGACUGUUCAAGCAGCUCAAUUUGAAACUCUUGGUGUUGUGUCAGCCUCGUGGUUGAGUUCUGUGUAUAUCUCUGUGUCCUGACUAAACGCUGUAUAACUAUGAUUGUUGAUUCUAUGAUAAACUGUGAUGAAUCAAAGACGCCUCUGACAUGGACUUCAGUAUAGUUCUAGUCUUCUAAAUGUUUGCACCGUUUGUAAAGAGCUCUCUGUAACGUGUAAUGUGCUUUAAAGAUGUUUUACUGAGUCUCUUUUAUAAACGUGGUUUCCACCUUUGGCUGCACGUUUGUUUGAAGUGUCAGAACAAAGCACACAAAGACAAAGCCUGAGCAAUCAUACUGUGUGUAUAAGCUGUAUAAGCAAUGUAUAUCACUGAAGUUCAACAUGUGUUUGUUUUAUUUUCUGCUGUUCCAUAAAGUUGAGAUUUUUGGACGGUCA